AGGAGUGGGAGGAGCCCGCGCCUGCGCCAAGGCGCUCCGGUGGCGCAUUUUCCCCCAUCGAGCGAAGGUGGCGACUGAGGCGGAAGGGACCUGGGGGUGGGGCCUGGCCUUCUCCGCUCCGGAGACCACCAAGCGGGACCGAGCGGCGACUGAGGAGGAGAGAAGGGCUCGCGCCCGUCGGCGAAGGAGGCCAGGGCGCGCGAGCCGGAACCUUCCUCGGGAGCCCCCCCCCACCUCCCCUCCGCUGCUCCCCGCCCUUCUCCAAGCCCCUCCCACCAUCGCAGGCGACUAUUAAAGGGGCCGCGGGCGGAGAGAGACGGAAGGAGGCGCAGGCAAGCGGGAGGUUGGCUGGUGUUCCGGAGGCUUCCAAGGUACGGUGUGUCAUGCGGCUGGCUUGUUGAAGACCUCUUUUUCAUCGCUGAAAAUUAGAUUCAUUCUAAACGUGGAGUGGCGCCUGUAUUAUAUAGGGAUAGUGAACUGCUCCUCUUGAAAUUCUUUUUUUCAAAAAAAUGGACCAAGUAGAAGACACAUGUAAAAGAGUUCUCCUGGAGCCAUACCACUAUCUACUUCAACUACCAGGUAAGCAAGUGAGAACUAAACUAUCCCAAGCAUUUAAUCACUGGCUGAAUGUUCCUGAAGAUAAGCUACAAGUUAUCAUUGAAGUGACAGAAAUGUUGCACAAUGCAAGUUUGCUUAUCGAUGACAUUGAAGACAAUUCAAAACUACGACGUGGUUUUCCAGUGGCUCACAGCAUUUAUGGAAUACCAUCUGUUAUAAACUGUGCAAAUUUUAUAUAUUUCCUUGGUUUGCAAAAGGUUUUGACUCUUGACCAUCCAGAUGCUGUUAAAGUGUUCACUCGCCAGCUUCUGGAACUCCAUAAGGGCCAAGGCUUGGAUAUUUACUGGAGAGAUAAUUACACUUGUCCAACAGAAUCAGAGUAUAAAGCCAUGGUUCUGCAAAAAACGGGUGGCCUUUUUGGACUGGCUGUGGGUCUUAUGCAAUUGUUCUCAAACUACAAAAAAGAUUUAAAACCACUCCUUAACACCCUUGGGCUCUUCUUCCAAAUUCGUGAUGACUAUGCAAACUUGCAUUCCAAAGAAUAUAGUGAGAACAAAAGUUUUUGUGAAGACCUAACUGAAGGGAAGUUCUCAUUCCCAACUAUACAUGCCAUAUGGUCCAGGCCAGAAAGCACACAGGUGCAGAAUAUCCUGCGACAAAGAACUGAAAAUGUGGACAUUAAAAAAUAUUGUGUACAUUAUCUUGAAAAUGUUGGUUCCUUUGAAUACACUCGUAAAACAUUACAAGAACUUGAGUCUGAAGCUUAUAAACAAAUUGAAUUGCUUGGAGGUAAUCCUGAGCUUGUAGCUUUAGUCGAAUACCUAAGUAAAACAUUCAGGGACACUGAAAAUUGACAUAAUUGUUAAGCAGGCUUCAAUAUUCAAAUAAUCAGGAAAACAAAACCAUUUUACUAUCUAUUUUUGCUGUCUAUGGAAUGGCUUUAAAGGAUAUUUUAAGGGUAAUGGGGGAUUGUAGGUGGCCUAAAUAACUCUUUUUUUCAGCCUAUCGUGCAAUAUUGCAUAUUGUUAUACGCUUCCACUGAAAUAAAGCUGCCAAACCUUGCUUGAAA